AGGUACCCCUCUGGAUGUCUUUGUUAUUGCGACGGAUACCUCUCGUCUUCCAUGUAGCCACUGCGUCUAAAUCUAGCCAAGCACAGUCCCUCAUCAGGAUAUACGAAUCUGCACGAGAGGCAUGUGCGAAAUUUAGCCCAGCUCCAAGAGUGGACCCUCGAGCAGUUUUUGUCAACAAUGAACUUGACCUUGGGAGGAUUGAUGUGUACGGUUUCGAUUACGACUACACUCUUGCCGUAUACACUCGCGAUAUCAAUGAGCUCAUUUACAAAUUGGCUUUACGACGCCUAAUCUCUCAAUUCAAGUAUCCAUCCGGAUUGCUGGAACUGCCUUAUGAUCGUGAAUUUGCUAUUCGCGGACUGCAUUUCGAUGUACAGAGCUCUUGCUUGCUGAAGGUUGAUGCAUUUUCACAGAUACAAGCAGGGGCUGUAUACCGAGGCAGACGAAAGUUGUCUGUUGCUGAGGUCAAAAAUCUGUUUCCCGGUCUUUGUCUUCCAGAUUUGGAAGCUCGUCAAAUGCCACAGCUGGUUGACCUUUUUUCAUUGCCAUGGGCUGGGCUGCUGUCCACUGUUGUACAUUACUGCGAUGCACACAAUAUUGUUUACGAUCCAAAAUGCUUGUAUGACGAUUCUGCGGAAUGCGUUCAACAAGUGCACAUCAGCGGUGAAUUGUAUCAGAAAGUGGGAGAAAAUCUUGAGAGCUACAUUCAUCCUAACGAGGGACUGAAAGAGUACCUUGAAUUGCUGAAUUCUGCCGGGAAAGAGCUUUUUGUGGUUACAAACAGCCCCUACAAAUUCAUUAAUGUUGGCAUGACAUAUAUGUUGGGGCCCGAAUGGCGCAAAUACUUCGAGUACAUUGUUGUGUCUGCAAAAAAACCGACAUUCUUCCAUGGGCGCGAGCCUUUCAGAUUAUAUGACCCCGAAGCAGAUGUCAUCAGAUUCGAGAAAGUCAACCGUCUUGAAGAAGGAAGUGUGUACUGCAGGGGCAAUAUCGACGAGUUGUCCAGUCGUGCUGGGUUCAAAGGAAAAGGCGUUCUCUACUUUGGUGACCAUAUAUACACAGAUCUUGCUGACCCUAUACUGAGGUUAGGAUGGCGGACUGCCGCUGUUGUGCCUGAACUAGCUCGUGAGAUAAGAACCCAGAAUAACGAUGCAUAUAGAAGGAGCAUCCAAUGGCUCGAGGUGCUGACUACAAUUAUUGAAGAAUAUCAAGCUAAUGCACAGGAUGAUCCUGAUUCUGCAGAAUUGAUGGAGGACUGGCGGAAAGAACGAGCCGAUCUUAGAGACUAUGUCAAGUCGCUGUUCAAUCCCCAGUUUGGUUCGUUAUUCAGAACUUUCCACAAUAUGACCCAUUUCUCUCGGAGGCUAAAUAGGCUGUCCGAUGUGUAUACCAGCAGAGUGCCGAACAUGCUGAAAUACUCCCUGAACCACUGCUUCUUUCCACGACGCAAUGCUCUUCCACAUGAGAAUCUGCACUCAGUGCCGGUCAACGCCGAUCACAUGGUGGAUAUAGUGAAACAGAAGGAGCAAAUACGCCAUGAUACGCCACCGGCGGCAUCUGUACCUGCUUGAUUUUGCAUGUUAAAACGAUGUAUAUGGACAGUGCUUUCCGCGUACCUCUUUCUUAGGAUUUUUAUAGUUUUACGAGAGUUGACGAUGA